CACUCACUCGCUUUCUCUCAAGUCUUUUCUUCGCUUUUCUUUCUUUCCCUCCCCGCUCACCUUCUCCGUCGUUCACUUGACUGCCCUCGCCGUCGUCGACAAUGUCCGACUCGUCUGAAGUACCGACGCGCCCGCCGCCAGUCCCGAUGCCCACCCGACAACCUCAGGCUUCCAAUGCACCGCGUCCGUCCGUGUCUGCCCUGCUAUCCAAUCGGGGGCCCGGAGCGACUCCCAUUCCCCCGUCUUUGCAAGCUAAAAUGGCUGCGAUGGCGAAUCGGGCAUCCAAGUCCCAACACACAGUCGACUCAACAGCCGCAGCACUGAAACGCGCAUCCCUUGCUGAUAACAUCCGACCGGCGGCCUCCGCGCCUGCACAAGGGCAGCCACGCCCACCAGCCGGGUUGGGCGACCGGAGGCGGAAGCCUAACCUAAACAUUAGCCAGCUGAUCGGUCAGUCUGGUGGAUUCACAGGGGGUGCUGCGGGUGCUGGUUUGGGUGCUGGAAGUGUUAGCUUGGCUCAGGAUCAGGACAGGACUAGCCCCGCUGUAAGGAGAGAUGCUGGGACGCCGUUCGCGAACUUUCAGAAGAUUGUUGAUCCUUCCGGCCGGCUUAAGUUCAGCGGGAAGGCUGUGUUACAUGCAGCUGGUGUCGAUUUCUCGAACGGCCAGAGUUUUGCCAUAACAAUGGACCAAUUACAACUGUACGAGGACCUAGGGAAGGGUAACUACGGGACUGUCAAGAAGGUACUGCACAAGCCGACGAAUGUGCCGAUGGCGAUGAAGGAAAUUCGACUAGAGCUCGAUCAAGCGAAACUGAAUGCCAUUAUCAUGGAGCUUGACAUCCUACAUCGAGCCGUUGCUCCAGAAAUCGUGGAAUUCUAUGGGGCCUUCUUCAUAGAGUCUUGUGUGUACUAUUGUAUGGAGUACAUGGAUGCGGGAUCCAUGGACAAGCUACAGGCGUACGGCCGAGACUCACCUAGCUCAACACCUGUCGCGACCCCUACCGCUUCGACUGAAGAGUUGGCAGGUGCCUUGCAGCUGACUCCACCAAACACCAUAUACAGUGGAAAGCGCACGGGAGGAGUGCCGGAGGAGGUGCUUGCACGGGUAGUGGCGAGCAUGGUGCGAGGUCUGAAGUUCUUGAAGGAUGAACUACAGAUCAUGCACCGGGAUGUGAAGCCGACCAACGUGCUUGUCAACCGGAAGGGUGAGGUCAAGCUUUGUGAUUUCGGCGUCAGCGGGCAACUGGAGAAGAGUUUGGCCAAGACGAAUAUUGGCUGUCAAAGUUACAUGGCGCCUGAACGGAUUCGGUCUGAAUCACUGAACACCUCCCCCACUUACACCGUCUCCUCCGAUGUGUGGUCACUAGGACUAUCAACAAUCGAAAUGGCGCUCGGUCAUUACCCGUACCCGCCUGAAACCUACUCGAAUGUCUUCGCACAGUUGACUGCCAUUGUGCAUGGUGACCCCCCGCAACUCCCUGAAGAGUUCAGUGAGAACGCCCGAGACUGGGUUGCUCGAUGCAUGAUGAAGCGACCCGAAGACCGGGCGACGUACAAAGAGCUGCUGGAGCACCCAUUCCUGUUAGAGGAUUCACAGCGAGAGGUCGAUAUGCCGGGAUGGGUCGCAAGGGCUUGCGCUGCCAGGGAGAGAGCGCAGCAGGAGAAGGAGCGGCAGGAGAUGCUCGGGGAGUCGUCAUGAGCUGUGACGGCUAUCCCACCGGUUUCACUCGGUGGUCUCGCGAGCGAUGGCAGCAGGGUAGCCUUCCCUGGGAUGUUCUCGCUUACGUUCAGGCCUGGAACUCUCGUCUGAAACUCGAAUUGAAUGUAAUCUCGCGAAGCGCGGCCUACCUUCCAGGACUGGCCAGUCGUUCGAGUCGUUAUCGUUGUCGUCUGGUGUCCUGGUCCCUCUUGGUUUCUCGGUUAUCUAUGUCGCUCAAUGGUCUCGGAUGUUCAAUACAAUCCGCCUUACCUCUCGGCUCUGUCCUCGGCAGUUUGUGGUGUCCUGGCUCGGGACCACGAAGGCGCAGUGGCUAGACGAGGCACGUCAAGAUGUAUUCGGCGCCGGCGCGGCGGUGGCAUGGCCGUGACUUCGGCUGUCGCGCCUGUAUACGAGCAGCGAAGUAAUCAUUCAUACUCCAUCAACGGACACUGUUCAUCGCUGUACACUAGCCAAUCUUUGCUAUUCCUUCGCAUCUCUUCUCCUCGCACAAACACGGUUCUUGCAUGCUGCUCAUGCUUCUUUUCUCUUGGCUGGCUGUCGAUGUUGUCUUUUGGUUUGGUCCAGGCGGGUUUGGCAAGUUGGGUAGAGCGCUACAGAUGGAGGUGCUGUGCUACUUCCUAUUUAUUUGGUACGCCUAAGUUACAUCCAUGAGACGCACACACACGAUAGCGUCGAAUAAUAUGUAAUGUAUGGGCAUGAUCACUGUAUAGACCUGUACAAUGGUGC